GGACUCGGCCCAUCAGCAUGCGCAUCAAUAUUUCAUGUACUGGAACCCGCCAUGCACCUAGCGUAAAACCAAGAAAACGAGGAUCUAUCAAUGUUCAACAGCCGCAUUCAUACACCUCUGCUUCGUUUCCUCGAUUGUGCUCUUGCCCCGGGCCCUCUAACGCAUCCCACUCGGACGUCGAUAAGUCUGCUUCUCAAGUGUGAAUCAGCAGUCGUCUCAAUGGACCUACAAUCUCCAUGGCUGGAUGUUUUGUCUCGUUGCUUCUUGUUUCUGGCCCCGGCACAACUUGCUUUUGCUCAGGAUAUAAUGUUCCCUGGGUCCGGGCUACCCCCUAUACCAUUGGUUAUUGGUGCUCCUGGAUUUUAUCCUCUAUGUCAACAGGUACAGUUCAAGGUCACAGGAGGUAUACCCCCGUACAACUUGGUAUUGCUUUCUACGGCAACAGGCAGGAGUUAAUACGACUUGGAUCCGAGAACAAUACAUAUUCAUGGACUGUUGAUGUUGCACCCGGGACACCGAUUGAGGUGGUCGUAUCUGACAGCACUACUCCAUACGCCGAAACCGUGUCCACCGGUACUUUCACAAGCUCCCCAUCUGGUGGCCUAUGUGGCCUGGCAGAUAUCGGCCUACCUACUACUUCUGCUGCUAUCAUCACACCGCAAUCACUGACCGGUUCCCAGUUCUUCACUGCUGGGAUAUCUUCCACCGAUUUCGCCACUUCGUCAACUACGAAUCCUCCCCCCGCCGCCACGUCGAACCCUGCUUCUGACGGUAAUUCUUCCGGUGUCUCACCUCGAGUCAUUGGCUUUAUAAUUCUUGGCGUGAUACUCUUUUUGCUCGCUGUUGGUAUACUUGCAAUUUGGCUUUGGAGGCGAAAGAAGCAGCGCUCAGCAGCCGCUAUAGACUUGUUGGAUGAGACAAAGGAAGUCGAAACUGAAGAUGAGCCUGCUAGGAUCACUGCGUUUCCUGCUCCAGAAUCCUCUCCGAGCCGCCCAUCACAGGAAAACAUGUACGAACGGUCUAACGAUUCAAAGCUUGUGAUGAUGUACAACAACUCCAGUGAACAAAUCGCCACAGGAUCAGUUCGCUCAGGUUCAAGAGCAAAUACCUCUAACAAAGGCACAGCUGUCCUCAGGGAACGCACCGUCAGCCCUUUGACAACUGACCAGUCACCUACCGGUGCCAGUGACUCUGUGACUGCUCCCUCCGCCGACAAACUGGUUGACAUCGUGGAACAUUCAGUUGUUCGAUCGGACGUCGCGGAAGCUUCGUCUUCUGUUUACCCUCAAAAUGCUGUUUUGGAUUUGAGGAGCAGACGUGAAGCCGAUGCUGGUGUCAGAUUGGCUGGUGGACCGAAUGAGAAUGUCUGGGUGCACGAUAAUGAAACGUUGCCUCCUGCGUAUGGUGAUAUCAGGCGUUGAGUCUGGAUCUUAAAUGUCGUUUAGACCAAUGUAUCGGUGUUUACGCAUCGACCAGCGAGACUCAUUAUCUGAUGUGGAGGGUUUCGUCGUAGUAACUCGAUGCUUCCCAGUGAGUAGCUGUUGUAUCAUGUUGAUUUCCGUAUUCAUGGAUCUGUGCGUAUUGUGUUGCAUUGACGUACUUAAUUGCGUUAUCCCCGGCAGCUACGAGACAAGUUCGUUGGCACGAUGCGAAGGUUCGAUAACGUCUGCAUGGCCCUCCGAGACAGACAAUCCUCGUGCAAGCAUGCGCCACUUGUCACAUACAAUGUCUUGGCCCAUGGCUAAGCACAAAACAUCAAUAGACGCCUUGCUAGUGU